GCCUUGUGCUUUGGCAGUGGGAAUUUAAUGACAACCUCAGCUCAUGUUCAGCCAUUAAGAAGUUAGCUGGAAAUGCAGAUUAAUCCUCAACUGACAUGAAACGUGAUGCUGGGAGCUUUACUGCCUGCCAUGCAGCACUUACUGCAUGGCAGCAGCUUCAGCUGUGGCUCCCUUGAUUUACCUUGGCUGUUAGGAGCGCAUAAAUCAGCAGCACUGUGUGCAAGCCCAGGACUGAGGACUCCGUUGUUGCACACUCCACUCCCCCAGGGACAAAAUCCCCCGUCCUGGGGGGAGGACACCAUUGGGGUGCCAUGCUGGAGCUUUUCCCCAUGUCCCCAUCCUGGGGGCACAGCUCGCAGCCCCCGCCCCCAGCCCGCUGCAGGGGCUGGAGCUCAGCGCUUGCUUAUCUUCAACCUUUACUCGUGUUUGCUCAGCCCCUCCGGCCACAGGCACCCCCCAGGACAAGGUUCGGGGCCGGGGCACGGUGCUGGCUCAGCACAAAGCAGGGCAGCACAGCGUGUCCCGGCUGGGAUGGAGGCCGGGGACGAGAAGGAGGAGAUCCCACUGCCCACGGUGCUGAGCCGCUUCCAGCUCUCGGAGGAGUACGGCUUCCUUCUGCCCAACCCUCUGACAGAGCUGCCACCUCCCUACAGCCCUUGGAUGGACAUUGCCCAUGAGCUGCCCCAGCUGAUCGCCAGCCGCCAGCUCCGUGCACGCAUCCGCCAGAUGCCACAGCUGAACACUCAACACCUCCGAGGACAUGAGGAGCUGCACCUGGCCCACCUGGUGCUCAGCUUCCUCACCAUGGGCUACGUGUGGCAGGAGGGCGAGGAGGGCACCAUGAAGGUGCUGCCCCGCAACCUGGCUAUCCCCUUCUGGGAAGUGUCACAGACCCUGGGGCUGCCCCCCAUCCUCAGCCAUGCAGACUUCGUCCUGGCCAACUGGAGGAGGAAGGAUCCCAGCGGGCCUCUGGAAAUUGAGAACCUGGAGCCCAUCAUAUCACUGCCUGGGGGAGACAGCCUGCGCGGAUUCAUCCUCGUCACGCUCCUGGUGGAGAAGGCAGCUGUGCCCGGCAUCAAGGCAACCAUCCAGGCCAUUCGCGCCAUCCGGCAUCGUGAUGACGAGCGCCUGCACCGAGCCCUGCAGGGGCUGGCAGCGGCCAUUGGAGACAUGGACAAGGCCCUGCAGCGAAUGCAUGAUUACGUGGAUCCAGCAGUAUUUUACACUGUGAUCAGGAUCUUCCUCUCUGGCUGGCGGGACAACGCGGCCAUGCCCCACGGGUUGCUCUACGAGGGCGUCUCCGAGCAGCCCAUGGCGUUCUCGGGAGGCAGCGCAGCACAGAGCUCCGUGCUCCACGCGUUUGAUGAGCUCCUGGGGAUUCGCCAUAGCCAGGAGAGCACCGCGUUCCUACACAGGAUGAGGGACUACAUGCCCCCUCCCCACCGCGCCUUCAUCAAGGACAUCAGCCGGGCCCCCUCCCUGCGGCAGCACAUCCUCAGCUCUGCAGACACGCGGCUCCGCGAGGCGUUCAACCACUGCGUCACGGCACUGGCAGACUUCAGGUCCCACCACAUUGCCAUCGUCACCAAGUACAUCGCUGUGGCCAAGGCCAAGGCGGGGCAGGAGGAGGCUGGUUCCAUUGGGAAGCCCCCGACCGCGCUGGAGGCCAAGGGGACCGGCGGGUCACACAUCUUCAUCUUCCUGAAGAGCGUCAGGGACAGCACCAGAGAGGGGCUGAUCAGCGCCUGACGGCCAGCACAGUGCUUGCUGCACCAUGCACGGAGACAGCACGGGAGGCCAGGGCUGCAGCAAUUCAUGCUUGCACAGGUCUCAGCUCACUCCUCCCCACAGCAUCUCACCAGGAUUUCACCAUUCCCUGCUGCGGCAAACAUGAGCCUGCCUGAGGGAGGACAGCACUGCCAUCCAUUGCCCCAAAGCACACAGGGAGCACGGUCCGAAGGCACCGGCAGGACUGUGCCACCCGAUGGCAUCUGUGACACUGUGACUGUGGCUCUGCUGCAUGAAUAACGCAGCCUAAUAAAGCUGCA